AAUGUGAUUGUCGUUUCUUGUAGUGUGUUCUAGUCGAUUGUUUAUUAAAUUACUUUCCUAAUUUUGAUCAAAUCUGGAUAUUUACUGUUUGUUACAUUCUAUAGCAUCAUGGAUAAAGAUAUACGUACCCUUUGGUGUGGGAACUUGAACGGGAGAGUAACGGAAGAGAUUCUGUACGAAUUAUUCUUACAGGGCGGGCCCGUGCAAAGUGUUACUAUUCCUAAAGAUCGCGACGGCAAGCAAAGAGCAUACGGAUUUGUAACAUACAAACAUAUUAAUUCCGUAAUGUAUGCUAUGGAACUAUUCGAUGGUACAAAGCUAUUUAAUCGUCCUCUUAGUAUAAGCACAAGGAACAACGUAGAAUCACCGCAAAUAGGAAAUUCUCAGGACCCUUCUUUUAGCGUGAACAAUCUGCUCCAAUUAGGCCAACAGAUGUUAAUAGUAAAUAAUACAGCUCAUAUGAAAGUAGAUAUGUUUGGAACGCAUAUGUUGCCAGGCUCAGGUUCUCAUUCCAACCACGUAGACGUUCAUUCUUACAAAGACAGUAGAAGGUCUAGGCGAGCACAUCCUUACGACAGAGAGCAGAGUAAGACGGGCAAUCAUCACAAAGAUCACGGAUCCAGAAGCAAUCACAAUAAUAACCAUCGAUCGAAUAACUUCUCUAGGCAAAAUUACAAAAGCAGUAGACGCGAUUAUCGUUGA